AAGGUGUCAGUGGUCUUGUUGAAGUCUCAUGCGUUCACCACGUCGGUUACAUGGUCCCAUUUAUGUACAUACAUUACAAUUCAAAUGAAAAAAUAUGCCAAUCGAACCAAAUUUGAAACUACAUAGAUACUAUGCUGAUCAACUUACACCCCACACUACGGUGCUUCAGAACCAGUGAACGACGCUCCCACCCCGAAAGGCCGUGCUGCUGAAAGGCUCAACAAGAGCCGCAAAUGGGACCGAUCAUGCGACUAAACAUGAAACAAAUCGCCACGGAUGCCAACGACCACCACCGGUAAUCGAACCGGCAAAGUGGAAGUGGCUUUAUGUAUGUCGCAUCGACCAGGUUCUCCUCACAUAGUGCGAUGCGAUCCCCAGCCGUAGUGCAACGCAGAUUACCACUAUGGUAGGCAGUCGUUAGUGAAACAGCGCCGCGACUAGAAGGAUACUAAGCUAAAGUGCGACCGUGAUUUGUUGCUGCUCGGCGAUCAGUGAUUUUGGCACCAGUAGCACGGGCGCGCGUAGUCUAGUUCGUGACCAGUUUGGACCAGAGUGACAUGUGUUUCUGGCGAGGAUAAUGUUACGCAAUCGCAUAAUUACAAUGACGAUAAGACCACUAGUGCUGGUGCUGCUCACCGUCCAUCACGUGGCGCCACAAUCGAUGUUCGAAAACAUUUUCGACGACAUUAGCUUCCUGUUCCUGUAUGGAAACCGUACCUCCCGAAUCCCAGACACCACCGUGUUCCGAAAGGAGUAUGACUUCAUCGUCAUUGGCGCCGGUUCCGGGGGCUCCGCUAUGGCCAACCGCCUCAGCGAAAAUCCCAACUGGAACGUGCUACUGUUGGAGGUUGGAAAGGAGGAAAACUUGGUGGUCAAUGUGCCACUGACGGCUGGUUUGACGACCGCUACUAAGUUUAGUUGGGGCUAUCGAUCGGCUCCAAUGCGCAACGCUUGUAAGGGUCUGGAAGAAGGCGUCUGCUACUGGCCCAAAGGAAGAGGUUUGGGAGGAACGAGUCUCAUAAACUUUCUCUUGUAUGGAAGAGGACACAAACGAGAUUACGAUGAAUGGGAACAGAAUGGAAACUACGGUUGGGGCUACAAAGAUGUGGUGAAGUAUUUCGAAAAGGCCGAAAAGAUCAACGGACGUAAAUCGAAUCCGAAAGGGUACGUGCACAUCGAACAAAGUACCUUUGAAACUCCCAUGUUGAGGCGCUACAUUGAAGCUGGAAAGUCAUUUGGAUACAAGGAAAUUGAUCCAUUAGCGCCGGUCCAGUUAGGUUUCUACAAAGCAUUGGCAACAAUGAAAAACGGAGAACGCUGCAGUGCCUCAAAGGCAUAUCUUAGACCUAUUGUAGAUAGACCAAAUUUACACAUAUCGAUGCAAUCCUGGGCAACCAAAAUUUUAAUUGAUCCUCAAACGAAAUCAGCAUACGCAGUUGAGUUUACGAAGGACAAAAAACGAUACCAAAUCAAAGUAACGAAAGAGGUGAUCCUCUCGGCAGGGGCCAUUGCAUCGCCUCAGCUUCUCAUGCUGUCCGGAGUAGGUCCAAAAGAGCAUCUCGAAUCGCUUGGCAUUCCAGUUAUCCAAGAUCUCAAAGUUGGAUAUAACCUGCAGGAUCAUACAACACUUUCCGGGUUGGUCUUCACAGUCAACAAACCUGUUACCAUCCGAGAGCAGGAUAUGAGACGACCUGAGCACGUCCUGAACUACAUGCUCAAUCGCAAGGGACCAUUCACUGUUCCCGGAGGUGCGGAAGGUAUUGCAUUCGUAAAAACCGUAGACUCCGACUUGCCGGCUGACUAUCCGGAUAUGGAACUAGUGUUGGGAACCGGUGCCGUCAACAAUGACGAAUCCGGAUCCCUCCGACAUACUUUCGGCAUGACAAAAGAAUUCUACAGUAGAACGUACAGUUCGGCAAGAGGGCAACAUGCAUUUGGAAUAGCUCCGGUUUUGAUGAAGCCUCGAGGCCGAGGCCGGUUGUAUCUGAAGAGCACAAACCCGUACCGGUGGCCACAUAUGGAAGGAAACUUCUUUGAUCACCCAAAAGAUAUGUCCACAAUGAUAGAGGGAAUAAAACUGGCGGUGAAAAUUGGAGAAUCGAAAAGUUUUGCUCCGUACGGAGCGAAGCUUUUGAAGACUCCUUUCUAUGGAUGUGAGAAGGAGACAUUCCGAAGUGAUGCAUACUGGAAAUGUUGUCUACAACAGGUUGGAGCUAGUAUACAACAUCAGUCCGGUACGUGCAAAAUGGGCCCAUCCAGUGAUCCCGAGGCAGUUGUCAAUCCGGAACUACAGGUUCACGGCAUUCGGAAUCUGCGGGUUGUGGAUGCUUCCAUAAUGCCAUUCCUUCCAGCGGCGCACACCAAUGGAGUGGUGUACAUGAUUGGAGAGAAAGCUGCCGACAUGGUGAAAAAGUAUUGGUCCAAUAAUGUUAACAGUUGAUGGAAUAAUUCCGGAUUGUGUAGGGUUUUCAAAUUGUACAGGGUGUCAUUUAAUUCCAGGUGAUCAUUUUUUAUUAAAUCUAGUCAUUAAAAUAGCUGAAAAUACAAAAUAGCUGAAACUUA